AUGCGCCAGCCCGGAUUUGAACCACUUUGGCGGAAAUGCAAUGUAUUGCGAGUGGCUAUGUUCAUGUGGCCGUCAAUGGGUGGAAUGCCAAAGCACGUGGGCAUGCCGGGGUCGACUCACCAGUGCAGUAGGGUGGCAUAUCCAUCCGAUAUAAAACGGACGCCCGGAGGGACUUGGCUACAGACUGGAACAGAGCCGAAUGCUGCGGCGGAUCAACCGUACGAAGAACCGGGACCCUUUCUGACUCGGCACCCGCGGGAGGUACAUGGUCAUACUGGCGGCGCCCGGCAGUUGACCACAGCGACUUUGUUUGCGGCAGUGCAGUCAACUACAGCUCAGUCACAUGCGCUAGAAACCCUGAAUGAGGGUGAAGUAUCCAAUACGACAUGUGAAUGGGAUGAGGAAUGGGACUUAACGAAUGCGGGGGGAUUAGAUAUCGUAAAUGAUUUUAAUCCGGACUGGUACCUGGUGGAUGACCAGGAUUCAGGAGAAGCCGGUAUGUUGGACUCGUUGGAGGUGGACUGGGAAUUGUUUCGAACGGAAACAGCACCGAAUUUUACGGUAGACCAGCGCUACGAAGAACCAGCGGUUCUUGCCGGACAGCGGGCGGAGGUACAGGGUCAGCCUGACGUAGGGCAACCUUGUGUCGGGGAGGGUGCGGUUGGUUAUCAUGAUGUCCGGCAGGGGCUGACCGCUCGUGUCCUGCGUGACCGUCUAGGAGACAAGGUGGAUCCUGUACUGUCGUGUGGCGAUGAGGAAAGCAAGAUCGUGCGACGUGUGUUCACUGGUUUCCAAGGAGGAUCGCUGGAGCCGAAGGUGGGGGUCUCUUUCGAGGUCAGUACGUGGCGUUCAUAUAGUCUAGCCCUCUUUUUGCGAGAGAGGCUUUCUAACCAAUCAAGCACUAGCUUGGUUGGUCGAACCGGUUCGGAUGCGAAAAGCCAGUUCGACAAGUUGGUCGAUCUGGCGGCGCGGCGGCUGAGGAGACCCACUGGAGUUUCGGAUGUGUGGUUCCUAGCUUGCGCGAUGGACGACUCGCGAAUAUUAGGCCGUCGCUGGGAUUGGGUGCCGAUGAGCCUUCAGCAACUGAAUGGCUGGGAUUCUGUUUCGCCACUGUACAGAGGCACCAUUCCGGACGACCUGUCGCGACUACCUCAAGGCAAGGAGGCAAUUAAGAUAGUAAGCACCGCUUCCAAACUCCAGUUCUGGCUGCAAGAGGCGGCAUCCGCUUUUCUCGCUGGGAAACCGGCCACAGCGCAGGCGUACCGGAAAGUAGCCACGGCCUGGGUCAUGCGCAACGCCAUAGGCCCGGAGAGAUUUGACGAAGAGAUCCAGAGCUGGGCGACUCGCAUUCCGAUUUGUGCUGGGACCGGGCCGUCCAGGGAGCAGGCUUCGCGACUUUUGUGUCAGGUAGACAUCCCGACUAGAAGCAACAAGAGAUAUGCGACUCGCAAGCGCGGGUCCAAAAAGGAUCGAGUCCGGCGCACCCCGCGUUCGAGCCUGCCGCGGUCCAGCCUGCCGCGGUCGAGCUUUCCUAGCUCGGGCGCUGGCGAGGCGCAAGUUGCAGAAAGUGCCACGAUAACAGCAAAUGCCACGGUAACAGCAAAUGCCACGGUAACAGCAAAUGCCACGAUAAACCACACAGUAAGCCACGGAUACGAAGGAGGGGGGCCCAUUCUGGCCGGGAACUGGCCGGCGGUGCAGAGUCAGUCAGUGGUUUUGCUUGGGCAGUCGCCGAAGGUACAGGGUCAAGUAUUGACCCGGCCUAAGGCAUUGCAGUCACAGCAGGAGGAGGAAGUAUCCGACAUGAUAGGAGGACACUUCGAUGUGGAGUUGGACCGGUACCUACCGAAUGAGCAGGAUCCGGAAGAAUCCGGUACAUUGGACGCGUUGGAUAUGGACUGGGAAUCAUUUCUGAUUGACCACACGGAAGCAGCACACGACUCAGUGCAUCAACGACACGAAGGACUGGGACCGUUUCCGACCCAGCACUCGCUGGAGGUACAGGGUCAAGUAUUGGUUUCAUCUGAGGCAGUGCAGCAGGUGGAUGCGAAAUCGUUUAUGACCCGGACAGACCAACAGAAUAUGCGAGCAACCGACAUGAUGAAUAUCGGACAAUUUAUGAUGAAUGAAACGCAAGUAGAAGGAGGGGGGAUACAGGGUCAGUCAGCGGCCGCGUCCCAGCUAGAAGAAGAGGCCGCCUUGAGGGCUUUCGUGGGGACUGUAAUACAGGAAUGUGUCAUAGCAGAGCAGAAGGCAGCAGAGCUCUACGGAAAGGAGUGGUUGUAUCGGGAAGGGUUCAUGCCGGAGGAAGGGAAGCGAGAGGUGGCCGAGUGUGUGGUUGAUUGGAUGGGGCGGACGGACCUGGGCGCGCUGGAACGCCGCAUUGUGAACCCGGACUUCAGCCUCGUCGGGUGGCGAUGGGUGCACCUGGCCGGCUUCAUUAGAGACCGGUUAGACCGCCAUGUAGUCGACGACUUCGUGAGAAGGGCCCAGCAGGUGAUUCCGCGCCCUGCUGGAGUCUCGUCCCCGUGGUACCUCGCCACUGUGCUGCGGUUCUUGCGGGCCGGUGCGGAGCUGAACACCCACCUCACUUGGUGGCUUCCGCCUCACGAUAGCGGUUGGUUGUCCCUGGUUUGCCUGAAUUGCGAUGUCUUUCCUUAUGACUUCGGCCAACUACCCGAAUGGCAAUCAUCACGUCAGAAGCUGGCUGUCGUCUGCUGGAUCACACACUGGCUCAAAAAGGGGGCCGAUAACUUCCGUUCCAAAAAUCAUCACCGCCAACGCUCACACAAGCCCUGGCAUCAUCGUGUGUUUCGGUUCGUCCGCGAAGCACUCGGGGAUUGCACGUUCGGUCAACUCGUUGCCUUGUUUAAACCGCGACUCCCACUCUCCCCCGGUGUCCGGUUGUCCGACACCGAGGCAAUGAUCGUCCUGCUCCAGCGCUCCACCAUCGAUUCCAGACGAGCCGAGGCGUUCUUUGCGCAAUUCGAUCUCGCCCCAGAACAAACAACCGGGCCUGAAGAACCGCCCAGAAAACGAUCGAAAACAACAGACACAAAGCCCGACAAGAGUCCAGGUCAGUACGACAUUUAA